AUGGCUGUUUUGCUAAAGCUCUUCUGUCAAGGCCUUCAAAGCUCGCCUCCGAUGAAAUCUUGUGAAGAUCCCGGCAGCCUUCCAGGCUCCCAAAGGCUGCUCAUCACUUUGGAUGAUGGUGUCCAUCAGUCCGUCCUGCAAGGGUGCUCGGAGCUGGAAAUCCUGGCUGACCCUCCAAACCUCUUCCCUACCCUGGGCACAGGAAACCGAGGCUCAUGGAGGUCUCCGAGCUGUCACACCACACAGCUUGCAUCCCAGUCCCGGAGAGGCAGUGGUAACCGGGCUCUCAGGGAGGCGAGCGCGAGGACACCCGCUGGCCCGGGGUCCCAUGGCUCAUCCCGCUGCAGCGCGCAGCUCCUCCCUGCGCGGGGCUCGCCCACGCGGAUCGGAGCCCCUUGCGCAGCCCGCGGCGACCCCUCGGGAAGCCGGGGUCCCGGAGUCCAGAGCCCCGGCCGGGUCCGGCGCACAGGCCCAGCGACGGCUGCCUCAGCAGUGGGUAGGGACCGCCGCGGCUCCGCCCGAGCCGUGGUCCGGCGCCCGGCACGCGGGGGUGGUCGAUGCUCUCAGCCCUGGGGUGGGUGGCCCAGACGAGCAGGGGGUGGGGGGCCGCCGAGGGACUCGGGCUGGGCGCGUGGCGGGCGGGGCGCUGGUGGGCGGGGGCGGGCGUGGGGGCGGAGCCGCGGCCAGAGGAGGCAGUGUCCCGAGCCCAGCUCAGGGGCCGGAGUGGCCGCCGCGGAGCCAGGCUGCCUCCAGGGAGCGCCCGGGCACAGAAGGGUUAACGGGCCACCGGGGCCCGCGCAGAGCAGGUACAGACCCCGCCGGGACCCCCGGCCCCGGCCGCCCUCUCUCCCGGGUCCCGUUAGAGCCCCCGCCGCGCGCGCCCGCGCAGCCCCAGCUCCCCGCGUCCCGCGUCCCGCGGUCGUGCCCCAGCCGCGACCCCGGCCCCAGCUCUAUAGCCUCGGAAGAUCUUCCAGUUCCUGGGGUCGAAUUCCUGGGGAGGGGGUUUCGGAUCCUCUGGAACUCUGGCCCCAUCACCCGGGCGGAGAAUCAGCCAAAAUUCCUACUAAGUCACGGAGUAAAGUUGGAAAACAUACCCAGGACCUCCCCGCACGCGCCGGCGCCUCCUUUGAGGAUGUGUGCCCCUGUCAUCCCCGUAAAUCCAGAGGCUGGGGUCAGGGACGCUGGGAGGGUUGCGCAGGGGUUCCCUUGAUCUGGCAGAGCCUGAUGACUGGAAAGGAAGGACACCUGUUUGGAUCGUCCUCCAAGACCCAUGAAUGGAGGGCACAGUGAGGACCAAGGAGUUCUGACCCAGGGCAGGGACUCUCCAGCCAGCCCUGAAACACGCUGUCCCACCCUCUCCCCUGCAGCAGCAGCCCAUUUUCCAGAAGUGGGUCCCUCUGGGGUUGAAGGGGUUAGCCCUGCCCAGGUCUGUCCUCCUUGAUCCUCACUGGCUGGUGUGGAGGUGUGGCCAGGAGGGGCCCAGGUUUGUCCAGACCAGCCUGCCACGGGGAUGACCACUUUUGACCUCUCCUUUCCUCACCCUGGGCAGUGAGACACACCAGAUGAGGAACAUAAAAA